UAUUCAUUUAAUAAUUAUUUUUUCGUGUCGUGUUUUGGUUACCUAUGUAAUUAAUGGAGUGUUUGAAUUUAGACAUGAUACAAAGUAAUGCACCAACACUAGUUGCCACCCCUAUUUUCUCCAACCUAAUCACCCUAUCAGCCAUCCUUUGGCUCUUCACCAAUUAUGGCGUCAAAAAGUAUGGUCAGUCCAAAUUUAUUUCAGUUGAAUGCAGAAGACACGGUGCGUUGGGUUUUUUAAUUCUUGUGUCCGCAUUCUGAUUCAGCACCCACCAUUUGCUUUCAGAUUCCGAAACUUGCACAGAGGAUAAGCAACAAAGUCUUAUUAUAUGUGAAGCCGCAAAUGGUGGACCAAAAACCAAUAGCACUACACAGACUUGGCUGCUUUGCCAUUCUAAAAGCCAUGACAUGGCGAAGAACCAGUUGACUAGGUGAGCCGCACAAAGUGUAGAUAUGUGAAUCACAAGAAGAUGGGUGGACUUUUUGUGCUGAAUGAAACUUCCCAUGUUAACUUCUUCUCCAUAUGCAGAAUUAACUAACGCAUGAACAUCAGAAACCAGUGCUUUUUGGCUUAGGCAGCGGAUGAUGGCGCUGCUGAGUAUAUAUUCGAACUUGUCGGUACUUGAUCAAGAACAUGAGGCUUCAAAUCAUUAAUCUUCUCUGAACCCAUUAAUCCUCUGCCAGUUGAAAUGCAGUCCUCCAAAGCAUUGUUCUCUUCUUGCUUCAUAAACAUCUUUCUGAUCUCGUCUUCCUUCUGUACUAUCUACCUACUUGUGUUGCUUUACCUCAUCCAUGCUUCUGAGGUCACCAACAUACCGGUCUCAUCACAGGGUGUCUCUGCGCCUACUUCUCUUGAGCAUCUUGUUUUUGGGAUUGCUUCAAACCAGGAUUCAUGGCUGGAGAAGAAGAACUAUGUCAAGCAUUGGUGGAAGCCCCAGCAAAUGAGGGGAUGUGUGUUUGUUGACAGCAUGCCAGGCAAUGAAAGCUCCUACAAUGACAGUAGCUCUCUUCCUCCAGUAUGCAUAUCUGAGGACACUUCACGGUUUCGCUACACCUACAGGCAUGGCCUUCCGUCGGCUAUUCGUGUGGCACGCGUUGUAUCAGAGACUGUGGCACUUAAUCAUUCUGGUGUCCGGUGGUUUGUGUUUGGGGAUGAUGACACUAUUUUCUUUCCGGAGAAUUUGGUGAAGACUCUCUCCAAGUAUGAUCAUGAGCUAUGGUACUACAUAGGCACCAACUCAGAGAUUUAUGAGCAGAAUCGACUGUUCUCCUUUGAUAUGGCUUUUGGAGGAGCAGGCUUUGCUAUAAGUUACCCUCUUGCAAAAGUUCUGGCCAAGGUUUUUGAUUCAUGCUUGGAGCGGUAUCCCCAUCUUUAUGGAAGUGAUUCCAGGGUAUAUACUUGCUUGACAGAGCUUGGUGUAGGGCUGACACGCGAGCCUGGUUUCCAUCAGGUUGAUGUUAGGGGUGAUACAUUUGGUUUGCUGGCUGCACAUCCACUAGCACCCUUGGUUUCUUUCCAUCACUUGGAUCACAUUGAUCCCAUCUUCCCCAACAUGACAGCAAACCAGGCUAUAGAGCAUUUGUUUGAAGCUGUAAAAGUCGAUUCUGAGAGGGUUUUGCAGCAAACAGUCUGCUAUGAUAGAUGGUUUUCAUGGACUAUCUCAGUGUCAUGGGGGUAUGCUGUUCAGGUGUUUGAGAGCCAUCAGUUUCUGCCGGAUGUUCUUCGUGCGCCCAAGACUUUUAGGCAGUGGAAAAAGGGGAGUGUGUUAACAGGAUCAUACACUUUCAACACAAGAGAACUUCACAUAGACCUUUGUCGAAGACCCACCAUUUUCUUUAUGGAUAGUGUUUCUUCUGGUAGAGAUGGAAUUGAGAGUAGUUACAGGCGAGAUACCUCUGAUAACUGCACCUUACACAUGGCUUCACCAAAGAGACUUGAAGAGAUCAAAGUGUUUUCACAUAAGCUAGACCUUAAAAUCAAACAGCUGCAGGCGCCAAGGCGGCAUUGCUGUGAUGUGUUACCUUCUUCACAAGGCAAUGUGUUGGAACUUACCAUUAGAGAAUGCAAAGAAGAAGAACUUAUCCACAUCCAUUGAUGGUAAACCUUAAAUGAAGAUGAUAACUACAACUAUAGGUAGAUAUUUCCACAACCUGGCAAUUCAAUUUAGCCUCAUGCUCAAUGCAAAACUAAUGUGAAGGCAUCGACACUAAUAAGAUAAGAUCACAGAUCACAGAUGGGUGUUACAUUUUUUGUUAUAGAAGAGGCUUAGGGAAGAUCAUUGCACAAGGCCAAUAGGCUCAUUGUGAAGAACUUUGAUGCAACUUCAACUAAGCUCAAGGUAUUCUGUAAGGAAACCUGCGGUCGAUUCAAAUAGUUUUCAUGGAAAUGCUCUCCAUUAUGUAUAUGCACUUCUCAUCUGCAACUCCUAAUGGUGGAAUCUACCUUAUCUUAUAAAACAUACUGAUUCAAAGUCAUUUUCAUUUA